AUGACCGCAGACAAGGCCGCUACGGCGGUAGCACCCGCAUCCGUGGCACCGCCGCAGCCCACAGCCGCCAUCGAGGAGCAGGUCGCACCCGCAGCGCCGUCGGGCCCCACCACCACCGUCACUUCUCCCGCCCGCCAGCGCCGCCCGCGCUUCGUCGUCUCGGAAAAGGCGCUCGAUGCCGCCUUCAACGACGUCUGGGCCAACAACGCCAACGCCAUAUCGCACUGCUACUCCAACACCGACGCGCUCAAGGUCGACUUCACGCGCACCGGCAAGCGCAGCUUCAUGGGCAUGAUCAACGACGCCACCAACAGCGUGUACCGCAUGGUCCAGGGCGCCGUCACCGACUUUUUCCGCCAGACGGUGCUCGACUUUGUCUACGGCUCGAUCGGCAUCGCCGGGCUCGAGAGGUACUACGAUGAUCUCGAUUCGCGCGACCCCUCCGAGGCGGUGCGCCUCGUGCGCGUGCGCGCCAGCGCCAUCGAGAGCUGCAAGGCCGAGGUCAUCCCCAACGACGAGACGCUUGUUGGAGGGUGGACGCUCUGCUCUCCCGUCGAGCCAAACCAGAUCCAGUCGGCGAAGCUCGAGGAAAAGGUCGUCCUGCUCACGCGCAAGGCCCUCUACGUGUGCAGCUACGACUUUGGCGGCGAACGGCUCUCGCAGUUCACAAAGGUGCUGGUCGGCGACAUCAUCGGCAUCAAGGAAGGACUCUACAUCAUCAACCCCAACGAGGGCCACCAUCCCGAGGACAACUGGGGCUUUGUCAUCACCUACCUCAACGACGAGAGCCGAGCGCACUCGACGACGUCGAUCAAGCUGCCCAGCCCCGCCUCUCUGCCGGCGGGAACGAGCCGGCUGCUCGCCUUCCGUGCCAUCUCGGACGAUCUCGACUUGAGCGCCUCGCCCAAGGCGGCGCCGACGGUCGGAUCGCGCUUCGGCUUCCACCUCAACGUGCCGUUGCCGUCCGCAUCGGCGUCGUCGCCAUCGCCGAGUCGCGCCCGAUCGCGAAAGGACACGACGGAAAGCGACGGCGGCACAGCGACGAGCAAGCAGACUGUCAAGCGCAUCGUCGACCUCCUCGUCCGGUGCUGCCAGGACGUCGGGGCGUGUACCGGCGAGGAUGACGAGGAGUUUCUCAAGAGCGGCACCGUCCAGAGCCUCGAAGCGGCCAAGGCCAACGCCGGGUACCUGGGUCCGCUCAUCGAAGGUCUCAAACGGAGGUUGUGGCUCUGA